GGCUAGGUAUAAAAGCAAACUUCAUAGACACAUUUGUCAGUUAGUUCAAGCUGCUGCAUUGCUACGCAUCUACCUGUAGUUCGUCGUUACCUAGUCGCUCUCCACUCUCCACUUUUAAAAUGAAACUGCUAAUCACGCUGUUGCUCCUUGGAGUGGUGCUGGUUGCCGCCGAAGAGAAAUAUACCACGAAAUAUGAUAACUUGGAUGUGGAUGAAAUUUUGAAAUCGGAUCGACUCUUCACCAACUAUUUCAAAUGUCUGAUUGAGACUGGCAAAUGCACACCCGAAGGCCGGGAGCUGAAGAAGUCCCUGCCGGACGCCUUGAAAACAGAAUGCAGCAAGUGCAGCGAGAAGCAGAGGUCCAACACUGAUAAAGUCAUUCGGUUCAUCAUCGAUAACAAGCCGGAGGAGUGGAAGCAGCUUCAAGUCAAGUUCGAUCCCGAGGAUAUUUACAUCAAGCGCUACCGUGCACAGGCAACAGACGCUGGAAUCAAGAUCUAAUUCUAUUGCCAAAACGGAAUCGUGAUCUGCAUGCAUAAUUCUAUUGCCAAAAAAUCUAUAAUUGUUGUUAUCUGUUAUUAUAUGUCUAUCCGCUCAUCAAAUUUGUAUAUCUUUCGAUCGUACGCUGAAUAAAGAGAUUCAUUUUGUA